UUUGCCCUGCUGGUUACCAUGGUCACGACUGUAAGGAGCCAUGCAGCUGUCAGAAUGGUGGUCAGUGUCAUCAUAUGACCGGUCACUGCACAUGUCCACCUGGAUGGAGGGGGAAACAUUGUCAGAAAGUAUGUGUACCUGGCACCUAUGGAAAAGACUGUGCUGAGAAAUGUCGAUGUCCGAGAGGCGAACCUUGUGAUCAUGUGACAGGGGGAUGUGACUGUCCAGCAGGAUUUGAAGGACUGGCGUGUGAGAAGCCAUGUGAGGAAGGGAAAUAUGGCAGCAACUGCAAGGAGACGUGUUCCUGCCCCAGCGAGAACUUCGCCUGUGACAGCAGGGAGGGCGAGUGUACCUGCAAACCUGGAUUCUUUGGCGCUGACUGCCAUGGAGGUUGCUCAGAUGGGAAAUACGGCCCAGAUUGUUCUUCAGACUGUCAGUGUGAAAACGGCGCAAAAUGCCACCAGAGCACAGGCGCAUGCACGUGUGAGCCAGGCUGGAUAGGUUCUACUUGUAACGAACCAUGCCCCAUGGGCAUGUAUGGAGUGAACUGUACGAAGUACUGCACAUGUCAAAAUGGCGGACAGUGUGAUCCUGUGACUGGCCAGUGCAUCUGCCUGGGUGGUUACCAUGGUGAAAAUUGUGAAAUGGCUUGCCCACCAGGCUUCUGGGGAGAGAAAUGCCUCGAAAAAUGUCUUUGUGAAAACGGGGCCCGCUGUGACCCAGAGACCGGUCACUGUCAGUGCGGCCUGGGCUGGACUGGUGAACUGUGUGACCAGGAGUGUCCACCAGGGAAGUUUGGGGCUAACUGCAGCAAGAGCUGUGAUUGUAUGAACGGCGCUUUCUGCCAUGCCGUCACUGGGUGUUGUCAGUGUACUGAGGGGUGGUAUGGACAGAUCUGUGAACAUGCCUGUCCCCCUGGGUUCUUUGGCAAGGACUGUAACAUGACAUGUGACUGUCAGAAUGGCGCCAGGUGUAACCACGUCACAGGCCAGUGCACCUGUGUGCCUGGAUACUUUGGUGACAAGUGUGAAAAAGUUUGCCCCAAAGGUCGCUACGGGAUGAAUUGUUUAGAGAAGUGUGAGUGCGGGGAGGACGGAGAAUGCGACCCACUCACGGGAGAGUGCAAAUGUGCACCAGGACAUGCAGGACUGGGCUGUUUAAGUUCAUGUCGGAGAGUUCACUAUGGUCCAAACUGUCAGUUAACAUGUGACUGUGGACAAAGUGACCACUGCGACUCCGUGUCUGGCAAGUGCAUAUGUCAGAAGGGAUGGGUGGGUGCUAACUGUGAUACUCCUGCAGCGGGAAAAUUUGUACCUGGUAGAAUAACAUGGGAAACGGGGAACGAUUUAGACGAGGACCACAGCGGGGAGACAUUCCUGGACAUCUUGGGGGAUAAGCUACAGUAGUGACACCUAUACUUUGAAAAUUAGGACCAUUUUCAGUGCAGAAAACAAGCCACAGUAGUGAAAUAUUGGCCAACAGGUUAUAACAAUGUAGACUGGGACUUCAUGGAGAAGCAGCAGAUAUUUUUCAUACAGGAAACAUUAAAUGAAGGAAGUCAUAACUUGUUCUUGGAGGUGCAGCUGACUUGAGAAAAUCGGCGGUUUCUCACAGGAGGUAUUGAAAGCAAAAAGACACGAGUUACAACUUAAAGUGCAUUUGCAUUGAAAAGCUGUGAAAACUUUUUGUGUUUGAAAAUGUGUGACCAUUAACUUUGGUCUCUGGUAUGCCGUUUACUUUGAGAUCCAUGUGUGACAUGGAAGAGACAUGCAAGCACAGUUUAAAAAGGGACUCUCUUGUACAUAAGUGACACCUACAGAUGUGAUGGACAUGCACUGGUGACCCCUAUAGUUCAGAUAAACUAAGCAAGAGGAACCUUUUGGUGCAUAUUGGCUACUAUAGGGCAAUACAGCACCUUAUAAACUUGUGAUAUGGUGUUUUGCCGUUCUGCUGUUUAAGAAUACUGAAUAAACUUACAUUGUAACUCUCCAUAUGGAAUCUGUAGCACCCUUUGUGUUCAAUGGAGAUGAAGCAAAAAAGCGAAAAUGACUAUGCUUGUUUCCAAAGCAUUGCUAUCCUAAUGUGGUAUCCUACCAAAAGUGUUGUCAUGCCACAGCUUUGUCUCAACUGACACAUUGUCACACCCAACAUACUCACAUGUGACUCCAUGCCAAAUACAGCACUCUGCUCAUCCAUAAUAUUCUCCCAUUUUCUCCCACCUGUCCCAUUUUGCACCAUCUUUUUCACUGCCUCCCUUGUGCAAGAGAAAAGUGGUGAAAAGCUUGUCACACCUGGACUUACAUAUUAUAUUAUAUUGUAAAUGUACACCUGCGAAGACAGUACUAUUGUGAGUUAUAUUAGUAUAUGGGUAAAUUGCUAUAAUUUUAUCUAUACAUUAUCUAUACAUUUUUGCCAAUGCUUUUCUCCCUGAUAUUAUUAUUAUUAUUAUUAUUAUGUAGUUCUUUUCAAACUUGCAGCCACUUUGUCUACACAAGAAUAUAUUGCCAAAGAAUCAUGUUUGAGAGUAGUUGGGUUUAUUGUAUUAUAAAUACUAUCAUUGUCUUAGUCUAGUUCAAGUUGAAGACUAAAAGGGAUUCUUUUGUAUGUAUUGGGUAGUUAAAAACUCAUUUUGUAUAAAUUUUACAUUCUCCCUUUGAACUAUUUUAUUCUUUAACCUGUAUCAUUUUCAUAAUUUUAGAAAUGUGAAAUGUUUUAAAUUAUAAUUAUUAAUGUAUAUUGAAUUUCGUAUUUUAGUUCCCUAUGAGCUUCUAAAUGCUUUACAAUGCUCAUCAGUGUAGGAAUUAAUACAUUUUUAGUGUAUUUAUUCUUCUUGUUUGGUUGAUGAAAAAUCUAGCUCCUGCAAAGGUAUUUAGGCAUGAUGUGACAUUUAGACUACACCAAUUACAUAAAUUGCACAAACGGCAAGUUUAAGAGCGCAUUCACAACAGAUGAUCCUCGGAUCUACUGGUCUGGGGAUCAAAUAUAUGAAAGCAAGACUGCCUUAUCCCUUAAGGAUCUCCCCUCCUCCACACACACCUGCCCUGCAGAAGCUGAAAUUUAAUCUGAGAGCGGGGAGACCAUUAAAGGAUUAGAUAGUCUUGCUUUCAUGUAGGGUCUGCCAUAUUUGAUCCAUGGACCAGUAGAUCCGAGGAUCAUCUGCUCUGAAUGUGACCUAACUUGUCAUUUUCAUCUAUGCUUCUUAUUAUUGCAUUUGGAGAUAUUUCCAUUGUACCAGGUACAUGUAGUAGUAUGUGCUUUAGAAUUGUGAAAUUGUAAUUUUAAGGAAUCUUCAUAAUGGAGCAUAUAUAUAUAUAUAGGUAAUUUUGUGCUGCUUCAAAUGUAGUUGUUAGUAUGAAAAAGAUCUGAAAACCCCACUGUUUAUUUUGCAAAUGGGAAAGCUUCACUUGUUUGCUGUAAUACACUGGCAGAUAAAAAAGAAAUUUGGUAGGGUGAGAGAGGGGUCAUUUCUUGGCAGAAAUCCAGUUAUGUAAUAGUCGUUUGUGAUCAGCACUUCUUAUGCCCC